UGCAACUCAGUCCUUGACACCAGCCUUACAUUUCCUGGGUUGACUUUUCAGUUCCUAACUCUCACUAUGACAUCAAAUCUACCCCAGAAUUUCCAUUCCUUUUCUGUUCCUCCAAUUGCUUCUAGAAGCCCAUAUAAAGACAGGAUUCAAGCAUGAGACAGAGACACAGACUUCCAGAGUCUCUUAGCUUGUGCUCUGCUCCUCCAAGCCUUCUCUUCUAUUGGGAUCAUGAAGGUCUCUGUGGCUGCCCUCUCCAUCCUCAUGGUCAUGGCCUUCAGCUCUCUGGCAUCCUCUGCACCAAUAGGCUCUGACCCUCCUACCUCCUGCUGCUUCUCCUAUGUCAGCCAACAGAUUCCCAGAAAAUUUGUGACAGACUAUUAUGAGACCAGCAGCCUGUGCUCCCAACCAGCUGUGGUGUUCCUGACCAAAAGGGGCCGUCAGGCAUGUGCCAACCCCAGAGAUGACUGGGUUCAGGCUUAUAUGGAUGACCUGGAGCUGAACUGAGGAGCUCAGCGGCUUUAGACAAUGCAUCCUAAAGAAGAAUGAUCCAAAGCAAAGAACUCUGCAGUCGGAUGAGAUCUUCCAGGACUGAAGCCUUCCUGAGAUCAACUUUCCCAUUAGAAUUCUUUUUGCAAAGUGAGAUUUAACUUAUUACGUAAAUUAUUUGGUGGUAACUUUGGAUAUUUAUUGGUACCAUUUGUACUUCUGGAGGGCACCUGUCCCCCAUGGGGACCCCCAGUAGCAUCUGAAGUUCUGCUCUUUUGAGUGCUAAGGCUACCUGCUGGAUUCCAUGAUCAUCUGUUAAAGAAAGACUUCAGAAUAAAAAUUUAAAAACCA